GUUCGCUCACUUUUUGCUGGGAUUGGCCGCAUCUCUCUUUCGAAAAGUUUUCUCGAGGACCUGAACCAACUUGUGCUUUACAACGGUACUUCGGCGCACAUUGCCGAUUUCCAUCCGAAGAAUACAUUAUGUUUUUAGAGGGCGGUAACUGUAGGGAUCCCAUUGAUUACAGCGUAUCCCAUCCGUAGUUGCAUAAUUUACCGCAGAAUGGCGCUGUGGAAGAUAAAAUUUUGGAACGCUGCCAAUUCAACUGCAAGCAUCAGUGUAUGAGGAUCGUAUAUCAAGACUUUAAGCAUUUGCCCUGAGCAUUUAGUUUUUCUUGAGAAAGUUUUUGUGUGAAUUUUUGUCGCUAUCUUGUACUAUGAUCGGACCAUAUCAAGUGAUGACAGCUCGAUUUCGGAUGACUUCCGAGUGCGGAUUAUUGGAUACGCCGUUCCUUCCCACUCCGGAUUAAACCGUAGAGAGCAAGACCCUGGGAUGUAUUUACUACUCGUGAGUAGUUAUAAUUUCAUCAUGGUGCGCAGAAAUGGUGGCCAUGACUCGCGUGGUGUAUCUGUAAAAGGCAUUCUUGGAAAAAAUGUUCUUACUGCGCCGACGCCGUGGAUGUUAGUGCCGCCUUCAAGCACUCUAUCAUUGGCCUGUGUGGGCAAUUGGCUGCUAAGAAAAUACUGGACUCACUUCAGAAAGCUGGUUCUAAUAAAGAAGAAUAUCAGUCCAUUAUUUCUGUUAUGUGUAAAUUGAGUGAAGAUGAAGAAAGUAUGGUUAGAUCUGAAUUAGUACAGCAUAUUCCAUCCAUAGCACUCUUUUGUCAGAAUCAUCCUGAAUUGAAGCUAGUUAUCUCACAGCAACUAGUGCCUUAUACAGUAAAACUUCUAAAUGACAACUACAUAUCAGUAAGGAAAUUGGCACAAACAGCACUUCUUGUUUUAUUGGAAAAUAACUUAAUAGGACAAUUGCAACUGUCAGAAUGGAUUUGCCCUUUAGUUGCCCAAUUAGCUAUGUGUGCAAAUAAUCAUGAUGAACUAAGGAUAGAAGAUGUUACGGUCAUGAGUCUGAUGAUACCCUUAGUGGAGAACAGCUUAACUAUCAAAUUCUUUUUAGACCCUUAUAUAUCUCUGUGUUGUGAUAAAGUCAUGGGUAUUAGAACAGUUUGUGCCAUGAGGUUUGGAACUUUGUGUAAAGUAGCUGGGCUUGAGAUCACUGAAACCUCUUUACUUCCAGCAUUUCUUGAUUUGUGUAAGGAUGUGGCAUGGGGUGUAAGAAAAGCUUGUGCUAAUGUGUUUGUUGAAGUAGCAAAUGCCGUUUCUCUCAAAACAAGAAAAGAAGUUUUAUCUGCAACAUUACUGAAGUUAUUAGAUGACUCUUCAAAUUCUGUCCGACUUGCUGCUUAUCAAUCUUUAGGUGCAUUUAUAUGCUCUUUUGCUGAUCCAAAUCGAACUGGUUUUGUGUGUGAAAAUGGUAAAUUGAAUUGUGUAAAAGUUGAUGAGAGUAAGCAAAUGGAAUUUAAUAUAAAUGGUCCUAUAGCAGAAAAUCUUGAUAAUUUGCAUAUUGAUCAUAAGGAAGAUGUUUCUCAUCCAGCUGAUCAUAGCACUACAUCAAAAGAAAAUACUACAGUGGAUUCUUUGAAAAUGUCUAACUCAAUAAAAAGUAAUAAUAAGGAAUUAAGUGAUGCGAGUACAGUACUCCAUUCAUGUCUACGUGCUUCUGUCAUUGUUACAACCAAAAAUAAUUCUAGUAGUGAUGAUGAAAGUGCCUUUAAUAAUUUCCAAUUCUGGAGAGAACCAUUACCUGACGUUGAUGUGAACAUUAAUGAAGAAUCGACAAAAAAUAGUCCUGCUCAAUCCGGUGCACAAGAUAGUCAAGAAGCCCCUUCCUACAUGGAACUUUUCCUGGAAGAACUCCAAUAUCCAAAAGUAAAUUACAGUGACUCAAAAUAUAACUCAUUAGAAGAUGAUGCUGAGAUUGUAACUUCAUCUUUCAAAGAAUCAAUUUUAACAUUUAAAACAGAAGAUUUGUGUGAACAAAAUGCACAUUCUUGUUUCCACAAGAGGAGAAGGAGUGUUGGCACAAAUGCACCUAACGAUUUGCUUGCUAAUCAGGAUAUUGUACCCAAUGAGAUUCUAAUGAAAUACUUUGAAGCUUUGAUGUCCAAAUCUAUAAAGGAUGAUCAGUUGAAUGCUGCUUGUGCAUUUAGCUUCCCAGCUGUUACUUACACUUUAGGAAGAAAGUAUUGGCCAUGCCUUCGAGCAACAUUCCAAAGAGUUACUAAAAAUGUACAGAGUUUCUCAGAAUGGAGAAAUCGAUGUGCAAUUGCCUCUUCUCUACCUCAGUUGGCAAAUAUGCUUGGCCACGACAUAAUAAUGGAAGAUUUAUUACCAAAAUUCCUUGAGUUUUUGACAGAUGUUGAUGAAGUGCGGCAGAGUGUGGUCUUGCAAAUACCAGACUUUCUGCAGCAUGUUCCAUCUGAAGAGAGGUAUCAGUUCUUCGUUCACAUUGAAGAUUUCCUGGAUGAUGCAGAUAGUAUGAAAUGGAGGUUUCGAUGCUGUGUUGCUGAGCAACUCUCUGCAACUUUGAAAUUAUGUAAUCCAUAUAAUGUUGAAAAAUAUUUCUUACCUGUGGCCCUGACUUUAUUGCAAGACAGAGUGUUUGCUGUUAGGUUAGCUGCAGCAGAGUUUAUGGCUAAUAUAGUGAAGCAUAUAUUGGACAGCGUGAAAAUGCCUUUACUGUCAAAGCUGGACAUCACCUAUAGACAAGCUCAUAAAUGGAAUCAAAGGCAAACAUAUGUACUUGUGUGUGAACAGUUAGCCAAACAAAGAUCUCUGCCUGUAGAUACAUAUGUAACUGAAAUAGUACCGAGGCUGUUCUCCUUAGCUUGGGAUGUUGUUCCCAAUGUUCGUUUAGCAGUAUCUCGCUGUAUUGCUCUCACGCUUCUUCCCUUGGAUUACCUUCCUGCUGUUCAGAAAGCACAUUCUGAUCUGUUUCUUCAAGUCUACUACUCACUGCAGAGUGACAUUGAUGAUGAUGUUAGGCACUAUGGACUGUUGUGCGCAAGAGCUUACAGUGCACCUUCAUAUGAAAACAAGAUUGUAUGGUCUUCAGAAUGCAUAUAGUAAUAAUCAUCAGAUGUUUGGCCUCAAAGCAGUGUCUCCCCACACAUAACCUUGUAAAGAGAAAUUGUAACUAAUUCUUUCCCAUGUAAUUUUUUACUGUGUUAUUCUGGUGCUGUUUCCAGAACCUAAUGUGUCUUAUUUAUAUUUUUUAAUUAAAUUUUAUACCCAAGUCUAUUUUUCUAAUACUGUGAUACAGAUCAAGAAGUAUUUGCAAAGCAUUUUUUAUCAAGUUCACAUGCCAUUUUCUGUGCAAUGCUGUACAAAGAAAUUUUAGUGUAUAUAGAAGUCUAUUGAUUGUACAUUAAAAUUUUUAGAAUUCAA